CACACACACACACACACACACACACACACACACACACACACACACACACACACACUCGCCAAACAGGAAGACUAUUAAUCUACAGCGCGAGUUGGACUUUCUGGGGAGAAGGAUUGAACGAUACCAGCAUCAGCACCACGUGAAAGAACAAGGAUUUUCAAGACAAGCCUUUAAGGAAAUAAAUGGUGUGUGAUCACAAACUUAUCUUGGACCUAUGAUGAUGUCCUCCGACUGACUCCUGCCAUUUGGAGACCAUGUUCACCCCCAGGAAGGACAGUCUUCCUUCCCCCAGCCUGGAGGACUCCUUCUUCCCUCUUUCGGCGACCUCUUCCAUCUCUCUUUCUUUCGCCCUCCCUGCAUCGAUGAUGACGAACGGUGGCAUCGACACUGGAGGGGGCAUUGAGACGGACCUGAUUCUGGCAGCAGAGCUGGGGCAGGCCCUGCUGGAGAAGAAUGAGGAACUGGCCGCCGCUCUGGAGGAGAAGGAGAGGGAAGUGGAGACGUUACAGCAGGAGAAGCAUGUUCUUCAAAGAAGGCUGGAGAUGAAUGAGCUAGCAUCUGGACAGAAGGAGGCCGAGCUGAACGGAGAUUUGGCCACCUUACGGACCGAGCUAGACCGCCAUCAAUGUCUAGGCCGGGACCGACGAAGGGAUGAGAGCGAACAGCUGACCCAGUUAGCCAAUCAUAACCAGCGCCUUGUGGAGCAACUAUCAGAGGCGGUGACGCUAGAACAUUCCUUGAGGACUGAGAUUCGUACCCUGAGAGAAGAGAUGGACGAUUCCUCUUUUAACCGGAAUUUUAGCUCCACGCAACUAGAAAACACACGCGCAGAGAACCGUGUCUUAAAAGAGCGUCUGGCACACAUGGAAGCCCAGUUGAAGGCCUCCUACGAGGACAGCGACAGGCAGCGUUCGGAGCGAGACGUCCUCAGGCACAGAGUGUCAGAUCUGCAGGUCCAACUGAAGGAGAAAGAAGCAGAGAUAGAGCAGGAGCAAGGGGUGGUGUUUGAGUUGCGUACCAUGAAUCGCUCUCUGCAGCGAAAUUCCCUGAGCCUGGGAGAAGAGAGCAUCCUGGACAUUAAACACACACCACCUUUGUCACUGCUUAGUGAAAUUCAGCAAUCUCAGGCCAAAGAUGCACUCCUGGCACACUCUGUGGCGCUGCAAGCAAGGGAUGACGAGAUAACGACAAUGAAAGAAGAGAUAAAAAGCCAACAAGAAGAGCUGGAUUUACUGAGGGAGGAAAUCAAGCCGUUUCGAAGCAAUCCAGGACAGCCGAGUUACAGUUUCUUGGAGAAUGAGUUCGCCACAGUGCAACAAGAGAAAGACUUACUGAACCGUCAGCUUCUCAACACCAUCCAACACAAGGUGGCGCUGUCUCAAGAGCUGGAUGCUUGGCAGGAGGACAUGCGCUUAGUGAUCAACCAGCAGGUGCUACAAAAAGAGGAGGACAGGAUCAAAGAAAUGCAGCGAGAACGAAUGAGCACAGGAGGACUCCAAAGAAGCAAGUCUUUGAAACUGAAAGGCGAGUCAGGAAAAGGAUUCUUCUCGUCUCUUUUCAGGGACAAAUAACAGACACAGAAAUAUGGCUGCUGCUUAAGGGAAAUCAGCAACAAGAUAAU